AUGGAAACACUGAAGAGCACUCUUCCUGAGCAGGCCGAGUUUAGCUCACCGCAACGCCUUGCUAAUCAUAUCACUUUCAUGCGAAAACUCAAAAGCAUUCUAGACUAUGCCCGUUACCCCGGUCGUGAUGCCUCACGCUUCCCGGCGCUGCCAGCGGGGUGCGGUGGAGAGGACCAGGCCGCACAGUGGAGGGUGCAGUGCAUACUGAUGAGCGCCGAGAUGCGAUAUCCGAUGUACUUGAAGCUAUUAGAGGCGCACAUGCUUCAAUCUGAGAAAAAUGGCCGACGACAGGGACUGGAGAUGGUCGUACCUCCAUGGGACGUCGCCAUUAUCUUCUACGCGCAUAUGCUGGCACCGUUUAACUAUAAACGCGAUAUCGAACAGUUCUUUCCAAAGAUGUGGCAAGGGAGAGCAGAGCUUCCGAUCGCGCAGAUGCUAGCAUCGGAACAUGACGAUGCUAGCGAGGCGGCAUGGAACAAGAUGUACCCGUCGAUUCCGUACAGAAUUCUGGCGCUCAACGACAAAUUUGUCUCUAUUUCGUCGUCCAUAUAUAACCCCGUCGAUAUACGAUACCAUUGUUUCUCGACAGCUUGCAGAGCGAAACCUGCGCGUGUCUUCAGCAUGGCGUCCUGGGUCAAAUACCGGGUCGGGACUGCCGGCCUCACCUGUCCGUCAUGCAGGGCCGUACGCCCUAAAUCCGAGCGAGGGGCGCAAGACACUAUUCUGAAGGAUUCGCAGGCCAGAUUCGGCAUGCCAAUAUUUAAUCUCUGGGAUAGUCCCCUCCGCCAGUUCUGCAAAGACGGCUUCGUCGAUCGCAUUCUUGCCCUGCCAGCCCUUCCGGCCAACGCAGUGGAGCGCUACCUCCGGUUUCUGCAGCUCAUCAAGGAGACGGGGGAGACGGUCGUGCCGACACUCGAUAUUGACCUCUGCUGGCACACACAUCAGUUGGCACCUUUUGCAUAUCUCACCUAUUGCGUCACGCACUUGGGACGACAGAUCAAUCACGACGAUACCAUUCGCACGGAAACACGUUCUACGGCGCAGGACAUGACUGCGAGACUCUGGGCGCUGAAAUAUGGCGAGUCGUACUUUGAUCCCACUAACAAGGGCAGAACCGAGGAGAUUCGGCAGAGGAGGAUUGCCUAUGACAAUGCGAUAGAGCAAAAGGCAGUAAUAUUGCAACAGUUUGACAACGACGUGUCCCAAAAAGACCUGCAGGAAUCGUUGAGACUUGCACAGGCCAAGGUGGACGAGGAGAAGAGGAAAUGGACCGCUGCAAAGGAUAGUGCCAACGCGAUGCUGGCCCAGAUACGACAAACACAGGCGGCGAAGCAGGCGGUCAGACCAACCCUGCGACUCUUCAAAGCCCGCUUCUAUAGCAAGCCACAGCAAGCGGAACUCGAACGUUUGGACAGGCAGCUCUACGCCGAGAAAAAGGAGCACCACGACAGGCACCAAGUGGACGCGGCCCUCAAGAAUGAGCUGUAUAGCUACUGGAUGCCGCCACUGAAUAAGUGCCAUGCGGCGUUGGGCGUGGAGGCGAACAAAAGGAGAGCCCUGCAGCAGCUGCUGGAACGUGAGGUGGACGAGGCGGAGGCACGCUGCUGGCAGAGGGAGGUGGAUGGCGUGCCAAGGAUGGAGAACUAUUAUGACGCCCGGUCGUGGUAUUCCAUGGUGCCAUCCGAGGUGACACGCUUUGAGGUGCCAGCCCAGACGACAAGAUGGGGGGGGAUAUUCGUCUACAUGUAG